AUGGAACACGAACGGAUAAGCCGAGCGGUUGGAAGUCAAUAUUGGAUGUAUGAAAUGAAUCUAACUGUUACGUCUGCAUUCCAGCUGUGGUGUGACUACUUUGAGCCUGAUCAAUUUGGCGGUUAUUUUGUUAAAUUCAAAGGCAUAGCAUUAGCUACAAUACACGGGGCUGGACAUGAAGUUGCUUAUUACACACCUCAGCGAGCUUAUGGAUUUUUCAAAUAUGUAUUAGACGGAAAAUUUUGGCCGUAG